GAGCCGGCGCGGGAGGAGUUCCAGAGCGAUGGGGCCGCGGCCGGGGCUGACGCUUUGACAGCUGGAAAGAGCGCGGAGCCAGCGCCGGAGAGGGAGGGAGCGCGGCGAGCAGAGCGAGAGAGUGGGCGAGCGCCGGGAGGGGGCCGGGAGCAGGGCAGCUCGGGAGACCGGACGGUAGCGGCGGCGGGCUCGGCGCCCUCUUCUCUGCAGACCAUGUUUGCCAAAGGCAAAGGCUCGGCGGUGCCCUCGGAUGGGCAGGCUCGGGAAAAGUUAGCUUUAUACGUCUACGAAUAUUUACUGCACGUAGGAGCACAGAAAUCUGCACAGACCUUCUUAUCAGAGAUUCGAUGGGAAAAAAACAUCACACUGGGAGAACCACCUGGGUUUCUGCACUCGUGGUGGUGUGUAUUUUGGGACCUUUACUGUGCAGCUCCUGAAAGGAGAGACACUUGUGAACAUUCAAGUGAAGCAAAAGCCUUUCAUGAUUAUAGUGCAGCAGCUGCCCCAAGCCCUGUGCUUGGCAACAUUCCCCCCAAUGACGGGAUGCCUGGAGGCCCCAUCCCGCCUGGUUUCUUUCAGGGUCCUCCGGGGUCACAGCCCUCGCCGCACGCACAGCCUCCACCUCACAAUCCCAGCAGCAUGAUGGGACCCCACAGUCAGCCUUUUAUGUCACCGAGAUACGCAGGCGGCCCCAGGCCCCCGAUCAGAAUGGGAAACCAGCCUCCAGGAGGAGUUCCUGGUACACAGCCAUUGCUGCCCAAUUCCAUGGAUCCCACACGACAACAAGGCCACCCCAACAUGGGAGGAUCAAUGCAGAGAAUGAACCCUCCUCGAGGCAUGGGGCCCAUGGGGCCUGGCCCACAGACUGACCCUUGGUUAUCGUUGCAGAAUUACGGCAGCGGCAUGAGACCACCACCCAACUCCCUCGGCCCCGCCAUGCCUGGGAUUAACAUGGGCCCAGGAGCUGGCAGACCCUGGCCCAAUCCCAACAGUGCUAACUCAAUCCCGUACUCCUCCUCAUCACCUGGUACCUAUGUGGGACCCCCUGGUGGUGGCGGCCCUCCAGGAACCCCCAUCAUGCCUAGUCCUGCGGAUUCAACAAAUUCCAGCGACAACAUCUACACAAUGAUUAAUCCUGUGCCGCCUGGAGGCAGCCGGUCCAACUUCCCUAUGGGUCCUGGCUCGGACGGCCCAAUGGGAGGCAUGGGCGGCAUGGAGCCACACCACAUGAACGGAUCAUUAGGAUCAGGUGACAUAGAUGGACUUCCAAAAAAUUCUCCUAACAACAUAAGUGGCAUUAGCAAUCCUCCAGGCACCCCUCGAGAUGAUGGCGAGCUAGGAGGGAACUUCCUUCACUCCUUCCAGAAUGACAAUUAUUCUCCAAGCAUGACGAUGAGUGUGUGACCCCUCUCCAAGACGCUGAGACUGCAUUGCAGGCCGAAGAUACCAGAAAUUAUGCAAGAAGAAGUGAGGUGUCAAUACCAGGAGCUGGGGGAGGGUGUCUCCUGCUCCCCUCCACCCCUCCCAUCCACUCCCCCUCCUUUCCCGAUUUUAGUUUCAUGCAAUAAAAAGGCCAAACUUUUUAUCCCAUAAAACAUGAAGGACAAAACUAAAAAAUGUAUUUCGAGGCAAUGACCAGAAAAAUCCCACCCGCACCCCUGCCCUAAAGGACCUUUCUGUACGUGACACUUUUUGGUUGUUUUGUUUUUUCGUUUGGGUUUUACCGUUGCUGGGAUUUUUAAAUUUGUUUUCAGGGGGGUUUCUUUGGGGGGAAUUUUUUUUUUUUAAUGGAAGCUUCUAGCAAGCCCUUGCCCCACCCCAGUCAACCUCUUUGCUUUCUUUAAAAAAAUAAAUUAAAAAAAAAAAGGAAAAAGGAUUAAAAAAAAAAAAAGGAAAAAGAAAAAAGGCCCCCCCAAAAAGGGAAGAACCUGCAAGGCCUGCUGUCUGUCCUCAAGCCCGGCCACCAGGAAAGCUAGUCUAGGUGUGUGAUGUCACACUGAUGUAGCCAUCUAAAAAUAAUAAACUGGACAGUUUACAAUUGGUGGUUUCUCUCAAAAGCUGUUUGAGAAAGAAAGGGACAAAGUCAGCCUUUUCCACAUGGGCCUUUGGGGUUGUUCACUGGGCAAGGAGGGGCAGGCACCUGCUCUACUCUGAACCCCUGCCCCAUCCUUGUGGCCAGAGGGCCCAGAGCACCUGAGCAGCCGCAGCCCAGUGGAGACCAUCGCUGUGACCCGGUGCACGCACUGUUCCAGGACUGCUGCCUCUCUCAGGACCUCUCCUGCCUAGCCACUGGGCCUCCAGCCCCUCCUCUGCCAGGACCCACUGCCUCCCAGCAAGAAUCCUGCCCGCUGGGUGGUAGCCCAAGCCCCGUAGCAGAGGACCCAACAGGAUGGCUGCGCCCUGAGACAUGGAACUGACCUCCAUAUUCUGUUCCCCACAGUCCUCACUCCCAUCGUGCGCAUGGGUAGGGUGGGCUGAAGUUGUGAUUUUCUUUUUUCCUCUUUGUUCGUCCUUUUUCAAAGACGGGCUGUUGUUCAGAAUUGCUGUGUUUGCCUGGAACUGGAUGGACAGACUUCAGCAUCGCUGUGGGGGUGGGGGAGCACCAGCAACCAAACAGACGCUGUUUUCGGUCCUGUUUUUAUUUUCAAAAACUACAAACCCGAUGGUGGAGCCUGGCCCCUCCUAGGAGGGGUGACUGGUAGCCGCCCUGGCCUCGCCCCCAUGGCAACCUUUGUGUCUUGCCCUGGAAGACACCGAAUUCUUUGUACAUUUCCACCCUUCCUCGCCGCCCCACCCACCCCUGUAGCUGGUCUUUGUUUUCUUACCUCCCCUUUCUGACCCAUGUAUAUCAUAUUAUGUGAGAUACCAUCUGCCUGAAAAAAGACCUUGUGCGGAUUCUUGGGAACAUUGUAGCUGUUUCUGUGUUUUUUCUUACCUUGUAGUCUGGUUCUGAAUUAUGAGAGGGAAAAAAAAAGUAAUUAUGAUACAUUGUAGUUUGUGUACGAUAUAUGUUGAUAACGUUUUAUUAAAGGGACAUCUUUUUUCCGCA